AUGGCAAUGAGAGGCAAUCUUCCCAAUUUCCAUGGAAAUAACUCUUUGUUAGAGUUGAGCAUUUCCGGCAUACCUGACUCCAUUGGCAACCUUCAAACAAUUGAGCAUUUCUUCAUUGAUCUCCAUCAAUUUGGGUCAUACCAACUUCAGAGAUCGUUAGAAGACUCUCUCGAGAUUCGGAUCAAUACUGUUGAUCUAAGAUCAAAUGCUUUCCAAGGACCAAUCUUCAUCCCACCAAGAAAUAUCGCAACUUAUUUGGCUUCUAAGAACAACUUCACCGGAGAGAUACCUCCAUCAAUAUGUAGACUAAGCUCUCUAUCCACCCUCGAUCUAUCAGACAACCACCUCCACGGCUCAGAUGUUCUCUGA